ACGUGUUUACAAAGCCAUAGCAAGAUCGUGGUGUCCUUCCUUUGCGCACCGUAGGUACCCGUCAGAUGUGUUCUACGAAGCUUAAAGUAGUACAAAACAUAUUAUACCGUCAGAUCGCCAAUCGCCUUAUCAAUGGUCGUGACGCAGCGGCGGGAAUCAGGGAGGCCAGUGCUUGCCAUUCUGUGCACUCUUCUGCACAUCAUUCUUGUCCUCCUCCACGUUGUUAUUCUCGUGCUCAACAUUUCAGGUAUCGAGCACCGCUUAGUCGUCCCAUUGACAUCCGGCAAUGAAAUCUGGGUCACUAUAUUGAGUACGUCAUCACAGGCAUUUUAUGCGAUUUAUUGCACAAUACUCGUUUACCUAAUGCAACGAUUAACAUUCCUCAAGAACACGACACGACGCCAGACGGUAACCGCUCUUCAUGACACGGUGAACGCAUGGAAGGGCCUUGGUUCUGCGCUGGAGUGUCUUUGGCGUCAAUCAACUAUCCCUGCAUCAUGGUGGAGCAUAUUAUCCAUAACGACCUAUCUUGCAUGUGUUUUUUCCCUUCACGUGGUCUCGUCAUCUAUCAUUCAAUUACAAACAUUCAACUCAGCUGUGGAUGCGACCGCUACAAAAAUUUCUUACUGGCCUAGUCCAGACGUAGAUAUGAUGGCAAUCCAGUGGCAAUCCAUCAGUGCAUUGGUUCCUACGUUAGGCCAAUUCGCCAAUCUUCAGGGUAUGGGACUCCACGGUGCCGCUCUUUACGAUAUCAUUCAAUCUACCGAUACGCCUGGACGCGCCAUCGUCAAUGCAUCGUCGUUCAGAGCAAAUUGUGGAUUAGUUCGCAAUUCCGUAUUAAAUUACUCCCAUGAAAUUAACGCUGACAAUUUCGGAUAUCUUACACUCAACCUGCCAAUAUCAAAUCUCAGUCAUACCGUGAGAUUGAGAACUAGACUUGUGCAUCCAUAUUCAGAUCAGGUUAUGAUAAAUCCUGUCAUUUCCUCAUUCUUUCCAGGACCGACUGUUGCUUUCAUAGCCUCGACUGCUGUGAACUCGAGCAAUUUACCUGGCGAUGAAACAGUUCAACAUGUGUAUUGGGAACAUCCUCCCGGGCCAUUUACCUUCAUAGGCAAUCCCCAGCCUCCCCUGAUUUAUAGCAUGUACAAUGUUCAUAUAGUGGCGUGCACUAUUGACCUUCAACCCCAUGUCGCCACUGUUGAUGUACAAACGAAUCAACUACUGGAUCUUUCCCCGUCCCUUGAGCCAAGUGUUUCUGGUGACUGGGAAGCAUGGUCACCGCCGGAGGAAGAACCUAGAUGGGAUAUUUGGUCACCGCCAUUAUCAAGUGAAUUGCAUCAUGAAAAAUGGCUUGUUUCACCUUUCGUAAGCGGGGCGCAUCAUCCCACUGGCUGGUGCAUGAAUCAGGAACGAGCAUCAUGUUAUGGGUUAUCUCUUUUGGAAAUAUUUUUUAUGCAGCAGAUUGGAAUAACCGUCUUUCCCCACCCAAUGUCAUACUUUGACUCAGGCUUCUCUGUCCUAGCCAAAGCUCCUCCAAUUCCGACGAAAGUUCUGUGCAGCCGUGAUCAAUUCGAAACGGCUCUAUCAAGGGCUUAUGCUGCAGUUCUAUGGACAGCCGGACAGCUCGGCGCCGACGGCGGUGGGUUUAAUCGGAAAUAUGAAAACACCACCAUUUCACAGCAGCUUCUACAAUGGCACCUUGGUAUAAACUUAUGGCCCCUUGCAUUUGCAUUCACCUGCUCUCUGCUCAUGUUGGCGCUAUCGAUGCGUGUGACAAACGGGAUGCACAGUGGGCGGAACGAUAAAAUGCCUAUCAAUAGCGCUGGCAUUCUUCAAAUCAUUUGGCUUGCUACGAAACGCUUUGAUGUACUAACAGACCUUGUGGGCGAUGUCGAGGAUCCGCAAGAGGAUAUUCUUCGUGCAGCUGGGAUGGUCGAUGUGGACCUGCUGCGAGGGUUGAAUGACGUGCGAGCAGAUGAUCUUUGACAGCCAUCCCCGUGUUUCAUUCCAGUGCCGCCGUCAGCAAGAAUAUGGAAGAACUCGAAAGGUGUUUCUAUGUGGAGAAGAGAGGAGAUGAGCAGAGACCGGCAUGAUUGACUGCCUUUUCAAUGAAUGUAUGACAUACUGCGUGAGGCCAUAUAUCUAUAAUAAAAUGUAAUCAGUUCCUAUGAUGAGAUUGAAAGGGUUUGCUGCAACGUUGGGUU